UUUCCUGUUUUGCUUACCGCGUGUCGUCAUGUAUGUCAUGCUACAUUACAUUGUCAUUCCUCAUUCUCGCUCUGAGCUGUGUGUGUGUUGUCAUGAAUACAAGCUCAGAAGAUCGUAUCAGCUGUAAUGUGUGUAGGAUUUCUAAUAAAAACGGUAUCACUUUUGGUGAGGACUGCUCUUCUGGGGUGAACCUUUUGUGUGUUUAUGUCAAUGUGACGGGUGGAAACUCUACGGACAACACUAUGGGUCAAGACAGAGGAAAAUACGAUUUUUAUAUAGGCCUCGGAUUAGCCAUAAGUUCCAGUAUAUUUAUUGGGGGUAGUUUUAUUUUAAAGAAAAAAGGACUGCUUCGACUGGCCAGAAAGGGCUCUAUGCGAGCAGGCCAAGGUGGUCACGCAUACUUGAAAGAAUGGCUGUGGUGGGCUGGCCUUUUAUCAAUGGGGGCCGGUGAAGGUGCCAAUUUUGCUGCAUACGCCUUUGCUCCGGCCACUCUUGUGACUCCUCUCGGCGCUCUCAGCGUAUUAGUGAGUGCGGUCUUGUCAUCGUAUUUCCUGACGGAGAGGUUGAACCUGCACGGGAAGCUUGGUUGUCUGCUUAGUAUUCUGGGUUCUACUACCAUGGUGAUACAUGCACCUAAAGAGGAGGAGAUCGACAGCCUGAAAGACAUGGCCAAAAAACUGGUCGAUCCAGGCUUUGUGGUGUUUGCAACAGUUGUCAUUAUCGUAGCUCUCAUUUUCAUCUUCGUAGUGGGCCCGCGGCACGGCCAGACCAACAUUUUGGUUUACAUCACUAUAUGCUCUGUGAUCGGCGCCCUUUCGGUUUCCUGCGUGAAGGGAUUGGGCAUCACAAUUAAGGAGGCCAUCGCCGGGAAGCCAGUUGUGGGAAACCCUUUGGCCUGGUUGCUGCUGCUGAGCCUGAUAGCUUGUGUUAGUACACAGAUCAACUACUUAAACAAAGCACUGGACAUCUUUAACACAUCUUUAGUGACGCCCAUCUACUACGUGUUCUUCACCACCUCUGUACUCACGUGCUCUGCCAUACUGUUCAAAGAAUGGGAACACAUGGGCGCAGGUGACAUUAUCGGCACGUUGAGCGGUUUCCUCACUAUUAUCGUGGGUAUAUUCCUACUGCACGCCUUUAAGGACGUUAACAUAAGCUUGGCGACACUCGCAGUGUCCAUUAGGAAGGAAGACAAAAACGGCCCUGUUUUAAACGGCAUGGCAGCUCACAACCACUCCGGUUACGAGCUGCUACGGGAAGAAAACGCUGAGGACAUUGGCGACAGAGAGAUGGGAUUGCCAUUUGACAGUAUCUCUAGAAGAAAUGGUACUAUGGCAGCCUCUUAGGGUCAAAAAGGAUCCAGCGUGCAGCAGUUUAUGAAAGUUAAAUAAAGUUUUUUUUUUUUUGCUGCUGUUUGGACAUCUCGAAUUGUUUGAUAAAACCUAAGACAAUCAACUCUUGAGGCAAAAAAAGGACCAAUCGAUUGUACUUAGAGUUAUUGUUUUAUUCGCCUUACUUUGGUUCAGACACGAGUACACGUAAAGGGUUCAUCUCAUUCCUCAUGUAGCACUGUACAUACACCCCUGUACAUUUUUAAGAGACUUUUGUUAUAUUUUAUGUACAGAUAUCUGCCUUUACAUGCACCAAAAUUGUCUUAGACUUUAUAAUAAAGACAUAACCGGAACACCA